CUUCUCCAUUCAUAAAAACAGAACUCGUAGAAAACGAUUCAAAUCUUUUUUCGCCUUUCUAAACAUCAGUAAUUCUAUCAAAUUCUACCAUGCCAGUCUCUCUCGGAAUCAACGGAUUUGGACGUAUCGGACGUCUCGUGAUGCGCGCUGCGCUUGAGCACCCCGACGCGACCGUUGUCGCUGUCAACGAUCCCUUCUUGACGCCCGAGUACGCGGCUUACCAGUUUAAGUACGACUCCGUGCACGGGACUUACGCCGAGGAUGUCUCGUUUGAAGAAGGAUACCUUGUAGUGGGAGACAAGAAGAUCCGUUUCUUCUCGGAGCGCAACCCUGAAGAAAUUGGCUGGGGCUCGGUCGGUGCCGAGAUUGUCUGUGAAUCAACAGGAGUCUUCACUACCAUCGAUAAGGCACAAGCGCAUAUCAACGGCGGUGCAGAAAAGGUUGUCAUCUCGGCUCCUUCCGCCGACGCUCCUAUGUACGUCAUGGGGGUCAACCACACGACCUACAGUGGCGCCACCGUUUUCUCCAACGCAUCCUGUACCACCAAUUGCCUCGCGCCACUCGCCAAGGUUUUACACGAAGAAUUCGGUAUUGUUGAGGGUCUCAUGACUACCAUCCAUGCUGGUACUGCUACACAACUUGUUGUUGAUGGACCAGCAAAAGGAGGCAAGGACUGGCGCGCUGGACGAUCUUCCUUGGCAAACUUGAUUCCGGCCUCCACGGGAGCAGCCAAGGCCGUCGGCAAGGUCAUUCCGGAGCUGAACGGGAAGCUAACCGGUAUGGCUGUUCGAGUCCCCACGGCCGAUGUUUCUAUGGUCGAUCUGACCAUUCGCACUGAAAAGGCUGUUUCCGCCGCCGAACUCAAGGCGGCCCUCAAGAAGGCGUCAGAAGGACCGAUGAAGGGUAUUCUCGGAUACACCGAAGACGCCGUUGUGUCCCAAGACUUUGUCCACGAUCCCCGCAGCUCUAUUGUGGACGCCUCUGCUGGAAUUGCCUUGAACGACAACUUCCAUAAAGUUAUCGCCUGGUAUGAUAACGAAUGGGGUUACUCGAACCGUCUUGUUGACUUGGCUAUCUACACGUCGGGAAAAUAAAGCAAAGAUCAUGACUUUAGAAAAGCAUUGGUAAUUGCAUACGAGGUCUCUCAAUGUUUAGUACACAGGAGGUUUGAGGUCGCAUUUUUUACGGCAUACUUCUCAGUUAUUCUUUCUAGUUCGAUUUCUGUACCUAGCUUUGCCACAUACAAGUUUUCGCGGAAGUAAUUGACGUAGAUUGAUUUGCUUACAUACGCU